AUGAUGAUUUCCCAGGCUCCAGCUUCUACUUUGCAGGCGAUUGGUUCUAGCAAGGAAGCUAAUAGUCAGGGAUCCCUUCAGAGAAGAGAUAACUGGUGGUCUCAAGUGUGCCCAAGAUAUUUCCUCAGGCUAGUGGACCUCUAUAAAGGCGCAGUGGUUUACCUCCUCAGUGGAAGAAAAACACUGUUGAUCCCAGUCCUGUUCAGUAGCUACAUUACAGCUGCUCUCAGACUUCUGGAGAAACUUCACAAGGUAAAUCAGAAGGUUAAACAUGUAGAAUAUGAUAAGUUUUAUAUUCCUGAGAUUUCCAGCUUGGUGGACAUUCAGGAGGAUUAUCUCAUGUGGUUCUUACAUCAGGCUGGAAUGAAAGUAAGACCAUCUAUCAUGCAGGAUGCUGUGACACUCUGUUCUUAUCCUUUCAUCUUUGAUGCUCAAGCUAAGACCAAGAUGUUGCAGACAGAUGCAGAACUACAGAUGCAGGUUGCAAUAAAUGGUGCAAAUUUACAGAACGUCUUCAUGCUUCUCACCCUGGAGCCUCUGCUGGCCAGAAGCCCUUUCCUGGUACUUCAUGUUCGCAGGAGUAACUUAGUUGGUGAUGCUUUAAGGGAGUUGAGCAUCCAUUCAGACAUUGAUUUGAAAAAACCUCUUAAAGUCAUCUUUGAUGGUGAGGAAGCAGUUGACGCUGGAGGAGUGACAAAGGAAUUUUUCCUCCUGUUGUUAAAAGAACUCCUCAACCCCAUCUAUGGCAUGUUCACUUACUACCCAGAGUCAAACCUGCUGUGGUUUUCAGAUACGUGUUUUGUAGAACACAACUGGUUUCACUUGAUUGGCAUCAUAUGCGGUCUUGCAAUAUACAACUUCACAGUGGUAGACCUUCAUUUUCCCUUGGCUCUGUACAAAAAACUCUUGAAUGUGAAGCCCUGCCUAGAGGAUUUGAAGGAGCUGUCCCCUACGGAAGGAAGGAGUCUUCAGCAACUUUUAGAUUACCCUGGGGAAGAUGUAGAAGAGGCAUUCUGCUUGAAUUUUACAAUCUGCAGGGAAAGCUGUGGCGUGACAGAGCAGAAGAAUCUGAUUGAAGAUGGAGAUAAAAUUCUGGUGCAGAAGGACAAUAGGGAAGAAUUUGUUGAAGCCUACGUAAAUUACAUCUUCAACCUCUCCAUCCAUGAGUGGUAUACGGCCUUUUCGACUGGCUUCCUGAAAGUGUGUGGUGGGAAAGUCCUGGAACUCUUCCAGCCCACAGAGCUCAGGGCCAUGAUAGUUGGAAACAGUAACUACAACUGGGAGGAACUGGAGGAGAGCGCUGUCUAUAAAGGAGACUACACUGCGACGCACCCAACCGUGAGAAUGUUUUGGGAAACCUUCCAUGCAUUUCCCUUGGAAAAGAAGAAGAAAUUUCUCUUGUUUCUGACGGGCAGCGACCGCAUUCCUAUCUAUGGCAUGUCCAGCUUGCGCAUCAUCAUCCAGUCCACGGCCAGCGGGGAGCAGUACCUGCCCGUGGCACAUACCUGCUACAACCUCCUGGACCUGCCCAAGUACAGCAGCAAGGAGAUCCUCAGCGCCCGCCUGGUGCAAGCCAUCGAUCACUACGAGGGCUUUAGCUUGGCUUGA